CAUACUGCAAAAGUCUUUUCUUUUGAAUUGUUUCGGUAUAAACAGGAAAAGAAUUCACCAGGAAAAUCUGUAAAAAUGUUUGUGAAAUUACUUACUCUACUCAUCGUGGCAAUUUUAGCCGCCCAGAGUGAGGCUCAUAACAAUAACCGCUAUUAUGUCGAGCGUGUACCGUUGCCGUUUGGCACUGAUUGUGCUGACUCGGCGGACUUUCAACUUUGCCAGGACUUUCGUGACAUACGCAAUUUGAUCGACCCGAAUACGCUCGUCUACUACAUCAGCUACGGUUACUAUCAGGACGAUGAUUUCCGCAAGGCUAUGGACUUCAUUAAGACCGAUAGAUUCCAAUCGGUUUCGGAUCAAAUUGCCAAUAGCAACGGUUAUCAGCGCUUGCUGCAAAGGUUUGCCGAUGCCGGAGUUAAUACGGAAACCAUUGCUAGUAUUUCGAACAUUUUCAAUUGUUUGAUGAUAGCGAUACCCAAAUACAGUGAUGAUGCUGAGGAGAUCACCAGUUUGGAUGAUAUGCAGUCGAUUGUGGUGCCACGCAUCUCUCUGGGUGAUAUCGCUAGUAAAUUGAUUAAGUCCAUUAAACGUUCAGAUUUGAGAAAAUUGUUGAGAGAGAAAUUGAAUGAGAACGGUGAAUUUGCUAAUUUCUACAGCGUGCUACGCAGCAGGGACUUCCAACAUGAUGUGAAGAGAUUUUUCCAUGAAUAUCAAGUGAAAUAUCCGAUUAGCGUAUUGAAACGCCACAAGAUCGAUUUGAGCAAAUUGUUCGAUAUGACGGUGAAAUUACUCGAUUGUUAAGCCCGUCUGGCCGCUCGCUCUUCACUCAACACUUUCAAUAAAUAGAGCUGAAUGAUAAACGCUAAUCCUCUCAAAAUUAAAAUGAAUUAAAUUUUUCCUGGCAGUGUAAAUUGUAAUUGUGUAAAUUUUAUGUGUGAAUAAAUAAAUUAGAUUGACAAUGAUUGAGGAAA